AUCGGUCCUCCUUGUCUAAUUAUCCGACCACAAAAAGCUUCCGGUUACAUCUUCCUAAGUAGAUUUCUCAUUAGAGAGGGAGGGAGCAAAUAGACGGCAAUAAUAGAAAUCGAUCAUUACUGUAAUAAAGAAUACAAUUAAAAAAACAGACUCAAAUUGACAUUUGCGUAGCCUCUCUACAAAGACAGUCCACAAACUCAUCCAUUUUUUUUAAACAGAUUUUUUUCGUGCGUAUACAUGCGUAUACUUGUGUGGUUAUUUUCCAAUUACCUCGGAAAUUAUGUUGCAAUUUUCUGUAAGUCUAUAAAGGAGAGGUCCGUCUGAAGACGUUGCUAUGCAACGAGUCAACAAAAACAGACGCGGAGAUUGUUACAGAUGAAGAAAUGUACAGUUACUCAGCAAACCAGUAUGACGGUGCGUACAAGCCCUCGAGGCUGCAGAACUGGUGUGAGACUACUAAGCGCAUCAAAGAGAGACCUACUGCACGGAAGGGUCACACCACCUUCAUUUCUGAUGAUAGAGGACAUCUGCUCCCAGGAGUGGUCAAGAGGGGCAGUGCAUGGCCAGACUUUAAGGGGACCUGGGAUCUACCUCUUCACAUCCCAGCCCACCAUGUCAACCCUACAGGCCGCUCUGUGGCGGGUCUUAACAGGCUGAAGACCUGGGGCUUAGACCCACAGGACACUGGCAAAUCUCAGCCACACAAAGGCAGCAAAAACACAGAUAUGCUGCAGGAUGUUGGAGAGCAGCUUAACCAGACCAAUGGGGAUGUACAGAAGGAUGGUGCUGCCCUGUCAGCAAAAGAAACCAGCCAAGAAGCACCAUCAUCCUCCAAGCAGAGACACAAAGAUGAACAGCAAGACCAGUAUACUUCUUCAUUUAAUUCUUAGUGGAUGAAAAAAAAUGCAUACAAAAAUAAACUGUCCCAGUUUU